AUGUCACUCCUGAAGGAAGCAGCUGAUCCGGACUCGGAAGCAAACUUCGACUUCUACAAAGCUCUAUUUGGCGAUGAAAAGGCCGAGGAAGCAUCCGAGGUCCCAUCCAAGACUGACCUCGAGAUUAAGGAAGAUGUGAAACAGUCCUCUCUGCUAGCCAGAUCCAGGUCACUGCGGGAGUCUUCACUGGAUAGUCAGCUGUACCGUCGUAGGAGGACUUCCAGCUUUCAGCGCGAGUUGAUGAUUGUCCAGAGCAUAAGAAAGCUCAGUUCGAUCAAGACAGAAAUAGAUGCAGAGUUCGUCGUCCGGGAACAAUCCAAAAAACCCGUUCCUCCGGAAAUAAUACAUCAUGUGGAAGCUCAGCACAAAGCUAUGGUAGAAUCGUUAAGCAAAACCCUGGAACAGACUCGUGAGAAGCUGCUCAAGAUUGGAUCGACGGUCGUAGAUAAAUCCUCUCGUACCAAAUCUUCUGCUCCAAUGGAAUCCCUUCUGGCCAAAAUGGACCUGGUUCGUGAGAAUCUCUCCAAGAAGCGUCGCAAGCUGAUAGUCUCGUUCUGCGUGCUAGACCAACUCAACAAACAUAACACAGAACUCGAUCAGCGCAUCCAGAACAUUCGGCUAGAGGAUCUGCACGACCUGCAGGUCGAGGUCAACCGAACCGGUGAAAAGAUCGACGAAACCCGAAAGCAAAUGGCCAAAGCGCGAUCCCGAUACGAGAGUGACCUCUGCAUGGCGUCGCACAUCCGCGAAAAGUGGUACGUCUUCCAGAACAAAAUCCUGGGCCAACUCGAGGACAAGUACGAGAUGGAUCGGGACAUCCGGGAGAGUCGCGUCUACAUGUGCGGGCUGCUCAAGCGGAAGCAACAGCUGCGGAAGGAGCGGCUCCAGCUUAAGAAACAGUGCCGACUCAUCGAUAAUGAAGCGUUAUUGCGAAAAUAUGACGACGCCGUGGAGGGGAUUGCCGCUAUCCGUGCCUACACGAAGAAAUUUAAUGAACUAUGAGUCUCCCCGAAGCCGGAGGGAACCUAUUCUUCCAAAUUAAUCUCGGUCCCGAAAAUGAGUCUUCGAAUCUUCCCCGUCACUGCUGACAAUGGAACAAUAC